AUGUCUUCGCCUCAUAACAACUCCGUGCUUGUGAUCGGUGGAUGUGGUAGUCUUGGUCAUCACAUUGUCAAACAGUCGUUUGAAGACCCUGAGUUGUCCGAUAUUGCAGGCUUCGAUCUUUUCACCGACGUCAACAUCAACGGUACAUCCAUACUUCUUUCGUGUAUCAAAGAAGUCGGAGUCACGGCCGCUCUCAUCUACACAUUCAGUUCCUCCGUAAUCCACCACAACAUGACCAAUCUUGUCAGGGCCACAGAAUAUCAUCCUUUAUGCUUUGAGCCCGAGAAAACUGAAUAUUACACGCACACCAAAGCUGUAGCUGAGCAACUCAUCGUCAGUGCAAACAAGAAAGGCGAGCUCUACAGUGCAAUUAUUCGUGCUGCUUUGCUCUUUGGCGAGAGUGAUACAACAUCUGCACCUAAAAUGGUCGAGAAUGCUCGAGCCGGACGUGCAAAAUUCCAGGUUGGAGACGGCACCAAUCUUUAUGAUUUUACAUACAUCGGAAAUACAGCUUAUGCGCAUCUGCUAGCAAGAAAGGCACUUCUUCGAGAAUUCGACGCUACUGAGCCUUUUCCAGAUGAUAUGAAGGUCAAUGGCGAAGCUUUUGUCAUUACGAACGACAACCCAUGGCCAUUUUGGGAAUUUACAAGAGCUGUUAGUGCUGCAGCCGGUCAUCCGGUCAACAAAGAAAAAGUAUGGGUUGUUCCAGCAUCUGUCUACUAUGUAUUUACCGUUAUUGUAGAAUGCACAGUUGGGUUGUUCAGUUUUGGUCGCAAGGAGCCAAUGAUUAAUCGGCGCAUGAUCAAGUAUCUUACACUGACUCGGACCUUUGAUAUUUCCAAAGCAAAACAGAGAUUAGGAUACAGACCCCUAGUCUCUAUGCAAGAAGGAAUUCUAAGAGCCGUGGACUAUUAUGUUGCACAUCACCUGGAGAAGAAGAAAAACGUUUGA